GCGGCAUCAAGCGAACAUAGUCCACAACGGUCGCAAUGCCCCUUCAUCCCCGUUUGGUCCCAGCAGCCUUCUACUAAGUCUCUUCUUGCGCUGGCAGGCUCGACGAAUAUCUCUUCUGCUGGUCUGCUAACAAGGCCCUAGUCCUACACGCUUGCUUAUUUCCUACGCGUCUUGCGAAUCUGGCGCCCGCAACAGGGGACGCGCACCCGGCUUGAAUUCAGCCAUGGCUUUCCAAAUCUCGGACUACCUGGUUACUGACGACCUCACUAUUCUACUCUGCCUGAUCGCAGCAUCUCUCUUCCUGCUGUCGAACCUAUACAAGCCUCAGCCGCUCGUGCAUCCAAUUUUACUCGGCAGACAGAGUGAUGUCGCGAGAGUCAGGAACCCAGGUCAGAGCGCUGUAUACAGGAACUAUGGUACCGGUAUGAUGGGUCGGCUACCGGUGAAGCCGGCGAAGGAAAUCAAUGUACUUACGGACUUGGUCAAGUCAGACUUUGACGCGCCUCGGACUCUAUGGUCGACGAAGAUCACCAAUCCCGAACUCAGGGAGCGGUACAUUAACUUCGGCACCGGCCUCAUUCGUCUCGCAAAUCUCACUCCGAAGGAGUCCAAAGUCCUUUUGCUUCUUGACGACUCCAUCGAAUUUCUCAUCGCCGACCUCGCCCUGGCGUCGCACUCCAUCCCGUCCUUCACCCUCACGUCCCUCGAUCUCCUCUCCCCCGUCCUGGAGAGUCACCCUCCCAGCGCCAUCAUCACCCACGCAUCUUUCCUUCCUCAACUCCUUGAGUUGAUCUAUGACUCAGCCGAAACGAACCACCACACUAUUAUCGUCGUCGGCGAGGACGGACUGGCUGGAACUAAGAUGCUUGCAGGUGUUAGAGUACUCAAGUUUGCUGACGUGGAGAAGACCGGUCAGCAAACGCAGAAAAUCAUCAGCGCGACUCCUGACCCGAACGACGUGUUCACCAUCUCCUUCUACUCUGCCCGCCCGGGGCAGAUCCGCGGUGCUCAACUCACCCACCAAAAUCUCACCGCGGGCGUCGCUGCUGUGCGGACGCUCCUUCCUCUGUCUUCUGCCAUCUCACCCCUGGAUACAAUUGUGUCUGCCCACUCGAUGAACACCGCGUACGGGCGAGCUAUUGCGUACACCGCUAUAUACGAGGGCACCAGCUUCGCCACUCUCGAGAGUGCUAAGAUAUUCACGGGAUCUGAGGCCAAUGUACAGGAUAUCAGCGACUUGAACAAGAUUUCAUUCCUGCCGAUUCCCUUCCCCACGAUCGCCUUCCUGAAACCCUCACAUCUGCAUUCUUUGACCACGAAUAUCCUCUCGCAGGCCAAGAGCUCCUCACCAUUUUUGUUCCAGCUUGCAUGGAGACAUAAGGUAUCUGGCUUAGGUGAGGGGUGGCUGACGAAGGACAGUCUGUGGGAUAGGAUUAUCUUUGAGAAGGCGAGGCAGGACGUGAUGGGUGUAGGUGCUGGGACUCUGAGGGGAAUCGUCGUCAGCGGUGGUCCCCUGGAUGCCGAAGCGCUCCCUCCUUCUAGGAUUGCCUUGUCCAUUCCUAUUGUAAACGCGCACACGCACCCGAUAGUCCCGGGCCCGGUACUGGCCUCUCACCCGCUCGAUCUGCAGUCCUUCCCGACGGCGGAGGAAAAAAAAGAAUCCGGUCCUUUCGCGACGCUGUAUCACACCGGCCCGCCCAGCAUCAACCUCGAAGCGAAGCUGAACGGGGUGAACGACGAGGUCAUCGAAGGCGGCGGGGACCCCGAGGGGUCGCUGUUCGUGCGAGGCCCGUCUGUGGGCAAGGAGAUCGUGCUCGGCGACGACUCUUGGGAGCAGGUUAAUGGCGACGAGGACGGGUGGGUUGAUAUAGGUGCCAGGGCUCGCGUGGCGAGCAACGGCACAUUCAAAGUCGUUGUUGUUUGAACUUGAUCACCCAGUUAUUACUGGUGAUAUAGAGGGAAAAUGUGUAUUGCUCAUCUAUGCUUAUGUCUUACGGACUGGUAUUCUCUGUCUUGUGCUUUGUUGCUGUCCAGAAUAUACAUCCUACACCCUAAUCACCGAAAUUAUGGCUUACACAC